AUGUUGAUUUAAGAAAUUUCUAUAAAUAAAGCAUAAAUUUCAAUAGCGAUUUCAGAAAAUCAAUUAAUUGGAGUAUUUUUAAAUUCUAGAUAAAUUAAUGUUUUGAUGUAUCAUUAAAUAAUUCUUAAUAAAUUGCAAAAGCAAAAUAAAAAGUUGAAGUUAAUUUUCAUUCAAAUCUUUCUAUUAAAUUAGAACAAAUAGACUUAAAAAUGGAAGAGAAAAGGAUAUGAAGGAUUACUUAUUAAUGAUUAAUCUAAUAAUAAGGAUUUAAUUAGUUUCACAAAUUUAGAAGAAGGAAGGUGGGUUUCUAUUUAAAAUAUAGCUUAAAUUAGAGAAAGUAAUAGGGUUAAGCUAGCUGAUGUUAAAAUGCCCUUUUUUUUAGAUUUUAGGAAUACUGAUGUUGAAAAAUAAAAUAUUUGA